UCCAGCAGAUGGCAACAGUAAUCAUAACUAAUGAACUCGACACAGAUAUCUGAAAGUUUUGAUAAUAUGUAAUCAAGGUUAUUUCUUGACAUCUUCCUCGUGUUAGAAUGAUAAGUAAUGAAUGUAAAUAGUUAAACAGUGCAUUUGAAUUUAUGUUUUUAUUCUCUAUAAUAAUAAAAUAAAAUGGAAGCUGAAGUUAUCAUUGUUGGAGGAGGGUUAAGCGGGUUAUGUGCAGCUAAAUUGUUGAGUGAAUCUGGUGUUAGUUUCAUUUUAUUGGAAGCAAGAGAUCGAUUUGGUGGACGGACAUUAACAAAAAUUGUAAAAAAAAAUGAUGUAGAUCCUAAAGUUAACUACGUUGAUUUCGGUGGAUCUUAUUUCGGGCCCUCUCACAGACGUUUGAUUCGAUUGGCUGAAGAGCUUGGCGUGGAAACAUACAAAAUCAAUGAAUCUGAAGACAUCCUCCAUUAUAAUGGUAAAAGAACUCAGUUUAAGGUAUCUGAACUACCUAGGCAAAGAAAUCCAUUUGUCAACAGGGACAUUAAGCAUUUAAUGGAUUUAAUGGACAAAAUGGGAGAAGAAAUACCUGUCGAUGCUCCUUGGAAAGCUCCCCAUGCCGAUGAAUGGGAUACAUUGACUUUUAAAGUGUUUUUGGAAAAAAAUUGCUGGACAAAGAGCUGCGUCAAGUUCUUUAAUAAUGUCGUAAACGCACUUAUUACCUCAGAAAGCUACGAGGCCUCUCUGCUAAGCUUUCUGUGGUACAUCAAACUUUGUGGAGGAUGCAAAAAUGUUUUUUCUUCAUCAGACGGAGGACAGAGGCGAAAAUUCAAAGGAGGUGCACAACAAAUCUGUAAUAAAAUUGCUGAAAGAUUAAGAAAUUCUGUUAUCAAAAACAGCCCAGUUAUUGGAAUCGAUCAAAGCUCCAAAAACUCUGUUUUGGUGAAAACAUUGACUGGUAAAGAAUACAAGGCAAAGUAUAUUGUAUUAGCACUGCCUCCUAUGAUGCAAAUGAAAAUCCAUUUCACGCCAGAAUUACCAGCUUUGCGAAACCAAUUGAUGCAAAGAACGCCAAUGGGAACCGUUAUGAAAGCCAUCCUCUAUUAUUCGCAAACAUUCUGGCGUAAUAAAGGGUUAUGUGGUUCAUUUUGGAUCGAAGGCGGGAAGGAACAUCCUAUUUGUUUUACGUUUGAUGAUAGUAAACCAGAUGGUAGUCAUCCAGCUAUUAUUGGAUUCAUUUCUGCAGAUAAGCUUCGAGGUACAUUUCUUGAUUUAAGUUUGGAAGAAAGAAAAAUCAUUCUAGCUCGAAGUCUUGCUGAAGCAACGGAUUGUGAAGAAUUUCUAAACCCAAUUCAUUAUGAGGAAAAAAAUUGGAUGGAGGAGCAAUAUUCUGGAGGAUGCUACUUAGCGUUGUGUCCGCCAGGAUAUCUUACCCGCUAUGGAAGAACAAUACGUGAACCAAUCGAUAGGCUGUUUUAUGCCGGAACAGAAACUGCUGUAGAAUGGUGUGGAUAUAUGGAAGGUGCAAUCGAAGCGGGUGAGAGGGCUGCUCGAGAAGUUCUAUAUGUCAUGGGGAGGAUAACUCGGGACAAAAUAUUUCAGCCUGCUCUGGAAUCAACAGGUGUGGUAUCACAAUCACAGGGUGUGGUAUCAAGUGAAUAUUCUGAAACCGGGCCUAGCAUCGCCUACAUAAUAGCAUUGUCUGCUAUGGUGUUAGUGACAUUUAGUGUAUUGAAAAAUCCAAAAUAUCUAAAGAGUGGCUUUUUGUCCUGUUUCAAUGAGCUUUAAAUUAGUUUUCUUUGUUUAUAAAAAAAUAUUUCCUGUUGAAUUUA